AUGAAGGUAAUAGUGGGUGGAUAUCUUGCAAAAGAAGCUACUUUGGUAAACAAAGACAACAUCAAAUUGGUGACUUCUCGUCAGAGACUAUGGACAGCUCCGACUCAAAGUCAAUCGUGGGAGGAUGUAAGGGAUGAUGUAAGGGCGAUGACUCAAGGGCCAGGAAUUCAGCUGGUGCAACACUAG